CCGCACAGUUGGUCUGGGCUGCUGAAAGAUCUGGUCGCAGAGAGAGGAAAGCCGUAACAGUGGCUCCGGCGUGCUCCUGCCCUAGCAGUAUUGCUGACAGCUCCCUCGCACGGUGUGCUCGGCCCAGCCAGCAAUACAGAGGAGCUGGUGACUGCGGCUUUGGGCUGCGUGGAAGAUCUCCGACUGACUCAUGAGAAGUCUGGAUUGCUGGCGAUCCAUAUCCGUUGAUUAGGAACACCAGACCUGAGCAGUGCCUGCUCAACCCUCCCGAGGCGAACACGCUGCCGUCCCUGCCCUCGGGGCAGACACAUGCUCUUUCUGCCCUCCUCUGAUGCUGGAGUGACCUUAGCGAGCAGCCCUGGGUGAAGAACGAGCUUCACGCAGCCCUGAAGAGCUGGUUAAAAAUCAUCUGUUUGCAUUUUCUGCCUGAGACUGUGCCGCUGGCUCUCGCAUGAGCACGUGCUAUCCAUCUGCAAAACACAAACAACCGGCCCGAAAUGCAAAAGAUGAAAUCAUCCGACAUUGACCAGGAUUUGUUCACCGAAAGCUACUGCAAAGUGUGCAGCGCUCAGCUGAUAUCGGAGUCGCAGCGCGUGGCGCAUUACGAGAGUCGGAAACAUGCAAGUAAAGUUCGUCUCUACUACAUGCUUCAUCCCAUAGAUGGAGGCUGUCCAGCUAAAAAGCUCCGAUCAGAAAACGGCAGUGACGGUGACUCAGUGGACAAGAACAAAUGCUGCACACUAUGUAACAUGUCCUUUACCUCAGCAGUGGUGGCCGAAUCGCAUUACCAAGGGAAAAUCCACGCCAAAAGGUUAAAACUGUUGCUAGGGGAAGCACCCGCGUUAAAGGCCCCAGAAACCGCUCUGAGCUCGCUCAAGCAGCCCCCCGCAGCCGGCUCCCCGGUGAUGUCCUCGCCCCAUCCCAGGAGGGACUCGGACCGGUACUGCCAGCUCUGCGCUGCCUGGUUCAAUAACCCCAUGAUGGCUCAGCAGCACUAUGACGGCAAAAAGCACAAGAAGAACGCGGCCCGGGCGGAGCUGCUGGAGCAGCUGGGCAAGACCCUGGACCUGGGCGAGCUGCGAGGCCUGAAGCGCAGUUACACUUGUAACAUCUGCAACGUCACUCUGAACUCGAUAGAGCAGUAUCACGCUCAUCUGAAGGGCUCCAAACAUCAGACAAACCUGAAAAACCAGUAGUAAUUCAUCAGUCCAAACAAGGAAAACUACCAAGAAUUCUGCGGAGAGGAACUGAUUGGCAAGAAGGAAGGAUACUUUCUUGGACAAUGAGCGUUUCCUGUGUGGAUUCGUUAGUUAACAUGUAACUAACCUUCGCUUUGGACAAAUACAUGGAUUUUUCUUUUUUUAAUUUUGUGGUGAGCUAAGAUAUUUCAAUGGAUUUUUUUACCCUUUCAAGAUAAUAUUUAUUCAGCACAGAGUCUAAAGUAUUAUAACUAUCCUGUAAAAACAGCAUUUAACUGUCACGCAACCUCAGAGACAGUGGGAACAGAAUAUUUUACUUUUUCAUAUUUAUUCUUAGAUUUCUUCCAAGAGUAUAAAAUUAUUCUAUUACAUUAUCCAUGAUAGUGAUGUAAUCAAUCUCCAACCAGAAAUAAACGUGAUUUCUUCA